UUAAAUCGUCACUUCCUUUGGGAACCUGAAGUGUCCGGAGUCUCAUCCAGAGGCCCAAACUCCCAACUCUGUGCGUGCAGUGCAAGAUUCCUCUUUGGCUCCUCCUCUGAGAGCGACGCGGAGAGAGAGAGAGAGAGAGAGAGGGAGGAGGGAUCCUGCCGCUUGGCUGUCUAGGGGUUAAAACUCGUUUCCUAGAGAGGAAGGGAGGGGGGAUGAAGGGGCGGGGUCCUGCAGAAGAAGAAGAAGAAAACACCUCCCUGCAAAGUCCUUUCCUUCCUGGCCUCUCACGUGCGGCUUGAAAGUGGCCUUUGUCUUUCCCAAGCCCUGCGUCGGUGGCCCCGUUGGGGAUCUGCAAAUACUGGAUGUUAGAACUCAUCUGGCCUUGUAGCAGGAAGAUGUUCCUCUAUCACCGAGGCUGUGAGCAGUGAGGAAUUCUGGGAAAACCAUGCAGAAGGUCCCAGCUGAGGAGGACACCCUCUGCUCAGAUGUGCAGCGCCAACAGCUCAGGCAUUUCCGCUACCAGGAAGCCAAGGGCCCCCGGGACAUUUGCAACCAACUCCACCAUCUCUGCCUACAGUGGCUGAAACCAGAGCGACACACAAAGAAUGAGAUCCUGGACCUGGUGAUCUUGGAGCAGUUCUUAGCUGUCCUUCCACCGGAGAUGGAGAACUGGGUGAGGGAAUGUGGAGCAGAGACCAGUUCCCAGGUGGUGGCCCUGGCAGAAGGUUUCCUCCUGAGCCGGGCAGAAGACAAGAAACAGGCCAAGCAGCAGGUAAAGGAUCUCUUUGCAGAAACGGGCACCAAUUUCCUUGAUGCCGCAAAGCCUCCAUCAGACACCAUUCAGGGCCCAUUGGGGAAUGAAAUGACACCAGGGAGACCUCCUCAGCUGUCUCUCUAUUCCGAUGGAGGAGAAGCAGCUGCUGUGGAACCAGAUGAGCGUCCAGUCUCCCUUGAGGAUGUGGCUGUGUCUUUCACAGAGGAGGAGUGGGCACUGUUGGAUCCUGACCAGAAAGCUCUGCAUAGGGAAGUCAUGGAGGAAAAUGGUGGGCUCGUGGCCUUUCUCGAAAGUGAUAAAUUGAAAAGCAAGAAUAAAAGAGACGGUGACAAAAUUCACAUAGUUGGGGAGUGUGGAGAGAACUUAACUCAGAAUUCCCAAGACAGAAUUCACACCAGGGUGAAACCAUGUAAAUGCUUGGAAUGUGGAAAGAGCUUCAGUCGGAGCACCUGUCUCAGUAGGCAUGAAAUAGUUCACAUUCGGAAGAAAUAUCAGUGCUUGCAAUGUGGAAAGAGCUUUCAUGCAAGCAGAGACCUUUGUUGUCAUCGAAGAAUUCAUGCAGGGGAGACACCAUAUCCUUGCUUGGAAUGUGGAAAGAGCUUCAGUCGGAGAGACAAUCUCACUUCCCAUCAAAGAACUCACACAGGAGAGAAACCAUAUCAGUGCUUGGAAUGUGGAAAGAGCUUCAGUCGGAGAUACAGUCUCACUUCCCAUCAAAGAAGUCAUACAGGGGAGAAACCAUAUCAGUGCUUCGAAUGUGGAAAGAGCUUCAGACACAGUACCCACCUCACUUCCCAUCGAAGAACUCACACAGGAGAGAGACCAUAUCAAUGCUUGGAAUGUGGAAAAAGCUUCAGACACAGUGGUCACCUCACUUCCCAUCAAAGAACUCACACAGGAGAGAAACCAUAUCAGUGCUUGGAAUGUGGAAAGAGCUUCAGUCAGAGAACCUAUCUCACUUACCAUCAAAGAAGUCAUACAGGGGAGAAACCAUAUCAGUGCUUCGAAUGUGGAAAGAGCUUCAGCUGGAAGGAAAAUCUCAUCUCCCAUCAAAAAAUUCAUACAGGGGAGAAACCAUAUAAAUGCUUCGAAUGUGGAGAGAUCUUCAUUCACAGCCAGCAUCUCACUUCCCAUCAAAGAAUUCAUACAGGGGAGAAACCGUAUAAGUGCUUGGAAUGUGGUAAGAGCUUCACAAGGGGCACCUAUCUCACUCACCAUCAAAGAAUUCAUACAGGGGAGAAACCAUAUCAAUGCUUGGAAUGUGGAAAGAGCUUUCGUGCAAGCACAAACUUCUGUCGUCAUCAAAGAAUCCAUACAGGAGAGAAACCAUAUCAAUGCUUGGAAUGUGGAAAGAGUUUUAAUGCAAGUACAGACUUCUGUCGUCAUCAAAGAAUCCAUACAGGCGAGAAACCAUAUCAAUGCUUGGAAUGUGGAAAGAGCUUCAGUAGGAGGUCCAAUCUCACAUCCCAUCAAAGAAUUCACAGCAGCAAGAAACCAUAUCAAUGCUUGGAAUGUGGAAAGAGCUUCACCUGCAAAACAAGUCUCACUUCCCAUCAAAGAAUUCACACAGGGGAGAAACCAUAUCAGUGCUUGGAAUGUGGAAAGACCUUCAGUUGGAAGGAAAGUCUCACCUCCCAUCAAAGCAUUCAUACAGGGGAGAAACCAUAUCAAUGCUUGGAAUGUGGAAAGAACUUCACCACCAAAACAAAUCUCACUUCCCAUCAAAGAAUUCACACAGGGGAGAAACCAUAUCAGUGCUUGGAAUGUGGAAAGACCUUCAGUUGGAAGGAAAGUCUCACCUCCCAUCAAAUCAUUCAUACAGGGGAGAAACCAUAUCAAUGCUUGGAAUGUGGAAAGAGUUUCACCUCCAAAACAAGUCUCACUUCCCAUCAAAGAAUUCACACAGAGGAAAAACCAUUUCAAUGCCUGGACUGUGGAAAGACCUUCACCUGGAAGGAAAGUCUCAGCUCCCAUCAAAGAAUUCAUACAGGAGAGAAACCAUUUCAGUGCUUGGAAUGCGGAAAGAGCUUUAAUGCAAGUGCAGACUUUUGUCGUCAUCGAAGAAUUCAUACAGGGGAGAAACAAUAUCAGUGCUUAGAAUGUGGAAAGAGCUUCAGUUGGAAGGAAAGUCUCACCUCCCAUCAAAGCAUUCAUACAGGGGAGAAACCACAUAGAUGCCUGGAAUGUGGAAAGAGCUUUCGUUGCAACAAAAGCCUUACUAUACAUCACAGAAGCCACACAGGUGAAGAACCAUAUAAAUGCUUGGAAUGUGGAAAGAGCUUCAAUCAGAGCUGCCAUCUUACAACCCAUCAAAGAAUUCAUACAGGGGAAAAACCAUAUAAAUGCUUAGAAUGUAGAAAGAGCUUCAGACAGAGUUCGCACCUCACUUCCCAUCAAAGAAUCCAUACAGGGGAGAAACCAUAUCAAUGCAUGGAAUGUGGAAAGAGCUUCCGUCGCAACACAAGCCUUGCUGUACAUCACAGAAGCCACAUGGAUAACAACCAUAUCAAUGCUUAGAAUGUGGACACAGCUUCACCUCCAAGAGAAGUCUCACUUCCAUUCAAAGAAUUCAUACAGGGGAGAAACCAUAUCAAUGCUUGGAAUGUGGAAAGAGCUUCAGGUGGAGAGAUCAUCUCACUUCCCAUCAAAGAAUUCAUAGAGGGGAGAAACCAUACAAGUGCUUGGAAUGUGGAAAGACCUUUCAUGUAAGCACAGACUUUUUAAAAGAUAAUAUUUAUUAGGGUUUUAACAAUAGUAAGAAGAACAAAAAACAUCAACAAAUACCAAGUACAAUAAUGGAGACAUGCAGUGUGCAGUAAAACAUGGGGGGGGAAGAGAGGCAUAAGAGAGUUAGGUUAAAAUUUCAGAAAGGCAGUUCUAAGGCUACAUAGUGCAGAGUCAUCUGAUAGAAUCUUUCCAGCAGGAGAACUGAGUUACCGGGGGAUGUACUCCUGUUUGGUACCAGAGCUUGGAAAAGUUACUUUUUUGAACUACAACUCCCAUCAGCCCCAGCCAGCGUGGCCACUGGAUUGAUGGGAGUUGUAGUUCAAAAAGAGUAACUUUUCCAAGCUCUGUUUUGGACAUAUUAAUAAAGUUUAUGAAGGGGAACCAGACUGCCUCAAAUGUUUCAGGUUUGGACUGACUCUUUCGUAACCUGAGGUUGUGAAUUGGCUUUUCAGCAAGCACAAUACGCCAUAAACGUCUGUACCAUUCGCUUAGGGAGAAAUCCACAGAGGUUUUCAGCCAGCUGAGAUAGUCAUUUGAGCGGCUACUAGUAAGAAAACAACGUUCCACUGUAGCAAUUUAUAGCCAACAUUGAUGGAAAGGUGGUCAAUGGACAGAGUCUUCUGAAUCUGCUGUUUGGUGAUCUUCGACAUAUGUUUGAAAACCAAAUGUAGACACAUGGAGACAAAACCACCACAUAUGCAUGAAGUAACCCCAUUCAUCGCAUCCUCCCCAACAUUUGGGCGAUAGAGUACUCUUCAUAUAACUCACUGGAGUGGGGUACUAUCAGUGCGCAACUUUGAGAGAGGCUUCUCUGAUGGUUGCAGAUACUGUUGGGAAAAGAGCAUUUUUCCAGUAAUUGUCCCAGAUAGAAUUUGGGAUUGUAAUCCCUAAAUCUGCUUCCCAAAUUCGCUUCAGUCAUUGGUAAACCCUAGGUGGAGAGUUAAGGAUAUCAUAAAUUCCAGAGACCAAAGCUGAGAUUCGCCAUAGUUUACUUCUAAACCCAUGGCUUGUUGAAAAUCAGAUAAUUCUUUCUUUAGUGCCCUCAGAUGGGUUAGAUAGGAUAACCAGAGCAUUGUUGGUGAAAAGGCUCACAGUAUUUCCUGAUCGCCCAUGUGGAUCCCCUUGAUCUCUUCAUCUGCUCUGAUGUGGGCUGCUAGAGCCUCAAUCCCGAGUGUGAACGAAAGAGGAGACAAGGGUUACCCUUGUUUAGUCCCCCUUCCCAAAAUUCUCCACCCUGGGCUCCUACUGGGAGGAAGGGUGGGAUAUAAUUCUAAUAAUAAAUCUACUAAUGGAACACCUCUCCCGAUACGAACCAACCCGUACACUACGCUCCACAUCAAAGACCCUCCUCCGGGUGCCUACUCCGAGGGAAGCUCGGAGGGUGGCAACAAGGGAGAGGGCCUUCUCAGUGGUGGCCCCCAAAUUAUGGAAUUAUAUCCCUGACGAGGUGCGCCUGGCACCAUCACUGUUAACUUUUCGGCGCCAGGUCAAGACUUUCCUUUUCUCCCAGGCAUUUCAGCAUGUGUUUUUGAAUUGUUUUAAAUGUUUAAAUUGUGUUUUAAAUUGUUUUUAAAAGAUGUGUUUUAAAUUUGUAUAUGUGUUUUUAGGUACUGCAAACCGCCCAGAGAGCUUCGGCUAUGGGGCGGUAUAUAAAUACAAUAAAUAAAUAAAUAAUAAACAAACAAACAUUCUCUGUAUAAUUAACGCAGUACAAUUGUAUGCAUG